GGAUGGACUCGGUUCUCGAUUCAGAGCGCAGAAGUAUAGGGCUGUACUCUAUGAGAGCUCUCCAUGGAUGGACUCGGUUCUCGAUUCAAUGGCUUCGGUUCUCGGUGGAAUCUGCCCGACCUUCCCUCGUUUUUGUGUCCUUCUUGGCCUCCUUUUUUGCUGGAUGCUCGUCCUCUUUCUCGAUUGUUGUUGUGGGUUUUUGUGCUUUUUUUAGGACCUUAACACGACUAGAAAACGCUUCAAAAAUCCUUAUUCAUGUGGGUGC